UCUCUCUCUCUCUUGAUCUCUUUCUCUCUCUCUCUUUGAUCUCUCUCUCUCUCUCAACCAAAUCCUCUUAAAUCGCCCGAUCAAUUCUUUCUCCGGCGUUUUAAAAAAAACAAUAUUUCUAAAUCCACACGAGCAUUCUUCAUCGCCGGCGAAACAUUUUUUCACGGUUUCCAGCUUGGGUUAAUCAACAACUCUCGAUCGCGUUCGUAAUUCCCAAUUUCGAUCUCGGAGCCUCUCACGGGACUUGCUUACUUUUCUCGGAUUCUUUUGGGUUCAUUUUCCUGAAUAAAGGGUCUUCAUUUUACAGAAUUUAAGGAGAGGCAUGAACGGCUAAAUCUAAUCAAUGCAAGUUUGGUUUGUGAGCUUGAAUGGACGUAGCUACAGAUACUACAAAGCGGCGUCUUGUUUCAUCAGAGAAGAACAAUGCAGUUGCUGUCAGUCGCCGUCCUCGAACAACAGAGGUCAGUUCAAGAUACAGAUCACCGACGCCAACCAAAACCGGGAGAUGCCCUUCCCCAAGCGUCACAAGGCCAACAGUGUCUUCAAGGUCUCAAUCCGUGGCUGUGAAAAGAGCAGUUUCAGCAGAGAGGAAGCGACCUUCAACACCGCCAUCCCCCAUGAGUCCCUCCACACCAAUACGUGACUUGUCUAUAGACUUACCAGCUUCAUCGAGGAGGCUAUCUACAGGUCGUUUGCCUGAAAGCUUAUGGCCUUCCACUAUGAGAAGCCUCAGCGUUUCGUUUCAGUCUGAUUCGGUCUCAGUCCCGGUUAGUAAAAAGGAAAAACCAGUUAGUAGUUCUUCUGUUGAUCGAACACUGAGACCUUCUUCGAAUAUAGCUCAAAAGCAGAAGGCUGAAACGACCCCUGUAUCAAGGAAACCUACGCCAGAGAGGAAAAGAAGUCCAUUGAAAGGGAAGAAUAACGUGUCUGAUCUUUCAGAGAAUUCGAAACCUUCAGAUGGUCCUCAUAGUCGGUUAAUAGAACAGCAUCGGUGGCCUAGUAGAAUCGGUGGAAUGAUCACUUCGAAUUCCUUACAUAGAAGCUUGGAUCUUGGCGACAAGGCAUCAAGGGGUCUACCAACUUCAGGGCCUGGAAUGGGGGCGUCUCUUAGGAGAAUGUCACUACCUUUGUCCAGCGGUUCGAGACCUUUGCAUAAAACUUCUAGUAACACAUCUAGUAAUGGUGGAUUAGUGUCUCCAACAAAGUCGGAAGAUAAUAACAUAGCUCGAGCAUCUGGGGCUCAAAGACUUUUGUCUGCAGAUUCGUUAGAUAGAGAAACCUUAGCAACGGCUGUUGCUAGGUUGCAUCCAUCGUCUGCUCCUGGAUCUCGCCCUGCUUCACCAAGUAGAACAUCUUUUUCGUCUUCAUCAUCUAUUUCUAGAGGCAUGAGCACUUCGAGGGGAGUUAGUCCAGCAAGAGGACUAAGCCCUUCAAGAGGAUUGAGUCCUACUAGAGGUUUAAGUCCUUCAAGAGGGUUAAGUCCUUCACGUGGCACAAAUACCUCCUGUUUUGCUCGACCUUCAACUCCACCUUCCAGAGGGGUAAGUCCAUCACGGAUAAGACAAACGAGCACUUCAACACAAUCCAGUACCACAACUUCGGUUCUCAGCUUCAUCACAGAUGUCAAGAAAGGCAAAAAAGCAAGCUACAUCGAAGAUGUUCAUCAACUGCGCCUGCUCCACAAUAGAUACUUACAGUGGCGGUUUGCAAUUGCACGAGCUGAAUCUGUAAUGUAUAUUCAAAGAUUAACUUCCGAGGAAACCCUAUUCAGUGUGUGGCAUGCGAUAUCAGAACUACAGGAUCAUGUGACCAGGCAGAGGAUUGGCUUACAACAGCUAAAUCUAGAGAUCAAACUCAACUCACUAUUGAACAAUCAGAUGGUGAGCCUUGAAGAUUGGGCCACACUUGAAAGAGACCAUGUUAGUUCUUUAGUUGGAGCCAUUGCAGAUCUAGAAGCAAAUACUCUCCGCCUUCCAGCGACUGGAGGAACAAAGGCGGAUGUCGAAUCUUUGAAAGCAGCUAUGUCCUCUGCCCUUGAUGUGAUGCAGGCUAUGGGAUCUUCCAUUUGGUCUCUACUCUCAAAGGUGGAGGAGAUGAACAAAAUGGUCACAGAACUUGCUGUUGUAGUUGCAAAAGAGAGUUCUAUGCAAGAAAAAUGUGAAGAUCUUCUGGCAGCAACCGCAAUCAUGCAGAUAGAAGAGUGUAGCCUGAGGACUCAUCUUAUACAAACUAGGCGAGAAGAAGGAGAAGAUGCAGAGGAGACUCCUCCAAUGUUGCCAUUAAGCAAGUUUCCAUGGCCAUAAAUAACAAAGCUUACAGAUACCACACGCUCAACACUGAUCACCUGUAAAUUGCUCUUUGAUGCCAAUAUUCUCUUGUCGAGAUCCCUUUUUGAUCUUUGCUUGUUGAUGUUCUCUUCUUCUUUUUUUUGGUAUGAAACAGUAGCGUAGGAAAAAAAAAGGAAGUGAAAGAUCAGUAGAUCACAGUCCGAAAGUCUUAGGAUAAAGAAAAAGGAAAUUUAAUUGUUCACAUGUAUAAGGUCU